AUGAAAGAACAUUUACAAACAGUCACAACAAAUACUUCUAAACUGCAAUCAUUUCUUGGUGUACAUCAGAUUGAACAACAAGUACACCAAUGUGAAAGAUAUGUUGAGGAUCUGGAAAAUGAUGGAAGGACCAAAGAAUUUGAAAUGAAGAUGAAGCAAAAGGAUGAAGUAAAAAAGAUACUCAGUCAGAUAGGAACAUUAGAAUCCCUUGGAGAAGUGCUGGUUGCUAGAACAGAAGUAGUCAUGAAUAUAGACACUAGUGUGAAGAGGGAAGCACAAGUAGAAUCACAGGAGAAAUCCAAUAUAAACAACAUGACAAUGAAUAUAAAGACAAAGAUAGAUAUAAACAUGGAGAAGUUCAUUAGUGACAUGAUUUGUCUGAUGGAUGGUAGAGUUAUAGUUGUUGAACAAUGGGGUAAAGUUAAUAUAUUUACUCCUGAAUGCAAACUUCUGAAACAGUUACCUAUACCUGAUAAAGCCCACAGUGUUACACAGAUCAAUCAGAACACUAUAGCCAUAACUUUUACCCACGAGAAAGCUAUUAAGAUCUUCAAUAUGGAGAAUAAAACAGUUACCAAAGUUAUCAAAUUAGACAAAAAAUGCUAUGGUUCAUCUUUCUCUAAUAAUUCCCUGGCUGUAGGUUUGGAGAAAGAUGAAAUUCGUAUUAUAGACUUAGAAGGAAAUACACUGAAGUCAAUACAAGUUCAGAGUAAAACAUCCCUGUAUCACCUUGUUUUUUGUAAUGUCAGAGUUAUCUAUAGUGACUGGAGAGGUAAAACAAUAUACUGUGUGGAUGAAUCAGGUAAUCAGAUCUGGCAAUAUAAUACACAUGAUUUAUCCAAUCCAAAAGGACUUUGUACAGAUACUUAUGGUAACAUUUUUGUAGCAGAUAAUGGAUCUCAUAGAAUAAUAGUAAUAUCAAAAGAUGGACAAAAGAGUAAAGCACUGUUUAUUGAAGAGAGUAUCAGUGGACUGUAUUCUCCAACGUGUAUUUGUUUUAAGAGAAAUGAGUCUUCAGGUUUUAUUUGUGAUGAAUUUGGUAACUACUUAAGAAAAUUCAGUUUAUCUUAUAGAUAA